AUGGAGAUCCAGAUCCAGCGCAUAGAUCCAUGGGUCACCGAGGAGGACCUCUACAGGGAGGUCGCCGCCGCCCUCCACAACCCACCCGUACGCAUCCCCGGCCAGGGCCUCACCAACUUUCACUUGCUCCUCCCAAAGACCCAAAAGCAAGGUCGACACAGGGGCUAUGCCUUUCUCACCAUAGCAGAGGUCUCCACCGCCUCCGCUUUGAUGGAGUAUUGCUCCACCGAACGCAAGCGCCGUCCCCUGCUGAUUGUCCGCGAUGGCAAGGCAAAUGCACUCAAGCUCAUCCCCAACGGCUUCGGCAAGGAAAACAUCAUUCGCGAGCUUCUAUCCUUCCCCUUCGAGGAUUGGGAUGCCCGACGAACUAGGCUUCAUGGAGGCGCACAAAGACGCCGCAACGUUGAACCGUCCGACAGUCAGAGCGACGAAGAUGCGCAUGCCUUCGCCCUCACCGCCCGUCAAGCUCCCACGCCUCCACAGAUCGCAUCCCGAACCACCUACGUCCGCACGCAGACCCUCCGCCCGCAGCAGCCACGCAAGCGCAUCGAGCCCGUCAAGAUCCAAGGCGCUUGGUCCGUCGUCCAGUUCGGCGUCAUCUGCGAAGACGGCUCCUUCUCCAUCGAGGAUUUCGACUCGCCCCCUUCGCCCCUCCCGUCCGGCUUUGACAUCAAGUCGCAGACGCUAUGCUUCGGUGACAAGGACAACUCCAUCCGCAUUCUCUUUAACAACAUUGUCAGCUGGUCCAUCGACCAUACUCACAAGGCGCUUUGCUUCGAGCUCGAAGACCCCGCCACCUUUAUCCGUCAGGGCAGAAACAGCUGUGUCUUUGACUUUAUCAACCACAUUGACCGCGAGGAACACAUCCGCGACCGAACUCGCUACCGCAUUCGCCUCAUCGGAUGCAACUUUCGCGCCCUUCCUCAAGAGGGCCGGCAACCCGCGAGAGACCCCCGAGCAAUCGUGCGCAGAAAUCUCACCGAGCCAAAGUUUUUCGAAGCAGCCGGCCAAUUCUGCGCCAACACCGACCUCAAGGUCGCCUACCAGCUCGACAAGCUCAUCCGCAACGGCCUCUACUCGCCCACCGUGCUCAACAUCCUCAAGCAGAGCACACAACGGCUCAUCAAGUCCUACGGCAUCGACUUUGCUGCUCGCGUCUUCGAGAGUCUGGCGGCGGCAUCGCGCCAGGAGCAGGUACGCGACCGCAAAACAAAGUGCCUCCUCGGCUCCACCAAGCUCGAGGAGCGCAUCGAGACCGAAGAGAAACGCCUCAAGCGCCAAGAUGCGGCCCAAGCCGAUCUGCUCGAAGAGCAGACCAACUCCGCUGCCACCGCCCAUGUCUACCACGUGACGAUCACUCCCACCCGCGUGCUGCUCGACGGCCCAUUCAUGGACGCCUCCAACCGUGUGCUGCGCAUGUUCCCAGACUUUGGCAGCCACUUUGUACGCGUCGCCUUCUGCGACGAGGACGGCGACCGCUUUCCUGUCUCCCGACACGAUCUUGACGGCAUCGAUAGCGAGUCGUUUGUGCGCGAACGCAUUGGCGAUCCGCUCAAGUACGGCAUUGCCAUCGCCGGCCGCAAGUUUGAAGCGCUCGCCUGGUCAGGCUCGGGCCUCGGUAGCCACCACUGCUGGUUCGUCACCGCCUUCACCGACAAGGUCGGCAAGCUCUGGGACGCCGAGCGCAUUCGUCAGGCCCUCGGCAACUUCCGCAGCAUCGACCGCUACCCCGCUCGUCUCGGCGCCCGACUCUCGCAGGCCUUCAGCGCUACCUCGUCCAGCAUUACCAUCGAAAACGACUGGGUCGAGAUCAUUCCAGACGAGCUCAGCAACGCGCAGAUGCCCAGCAACGGUCCAGAACGCGAUCGCAAGUACUACCUGCUCACCGAUGGCGUAGGUCAGAUCUCUAAAAGCCUGCUCGACGAGAUCUGGCACGCGCUUUGCGAGACGAGGGGGAUGCGCCGCGAGUGGCGACUGUCGCAGCAGGACCCCAAACGCAUCCCUUCUGCCAUCCAGUUCCGCUGCGGCGGUGCCAAGGGCGUCCUCUGCCUCAAUCCUACUCUCAAAGGAAAGAAGAUGAUCAUGCGCGAGAGCAUGAUCAAAUUCUCGGCGCCCAAGCAUCGCGAGUUGGAGGUGGCGGCUCACUCGUUCUCGCCGCUUCCGGCUCGUCUCAACCGACCGCUCAUCAAUGCGCUCGAGGAUCUGGGCGUCAAGGACGACGUCUUCCUGAACUUACAGGCGAGUGCAGUAGAGAGUGCGCAGGAGGCGCGCAAGUCGUUCAAGCGCGCAUCGCAGCUCAUGGGCUCGUUUGCAAUGAGCGAUGCUGCCGAGAUGCACAAGCUCUUCCGGCGUCUCGACAGCGUGAUCGGCAUGCGACCCGACGAGCUCGACCCGGACAGCAUCCUGCACCGUCUGUGCACCAUCGUGAUUGCGGCUGCCUUGGGCGAUCUCAAGCGCAAGGCGAGGAUUCCCGUCCAGGGCUGCACACUCAUCGGCGUAGUUGACGAGUUCAACUUUUUGGACAGGGGUCAGAUCUUUGCGCAGGUCAACGACCGCGACCAAGACGAGUUUCGCAUCGUCGAGGGCAAGGUCAUGGUCGGACGCAGCCCAACCAUCCAUCCGGGCGAUGUGCGCGUGGUAAAUGCGGUCAAACCGCCACCCGGGCAUCCGCUCCUCCAGCUUCGCAAUGUGAUCGUGUUCAGCAAGUCGCCAUUCGGUCUGCCGCUACAGUCGAUCCUGAGCGGCGGCGAUCUGGAUGGUGACAUCUACACGAUCUACGAGGACAAGGAUCUCUUUCCCACACGCACCGAGUCGCCAGGACAGUACAAGGCCGUUCCGCCGCGCUCGUUGGCACGACCAUGCACAUUCGAAGAUCUUGCCGACUUUUUCGUCGACUAUGUGAUCAACGACCAGGUCGGACUGGUCUCGACGUUGCAUCUGCACAUUGCGGAUACAAGUCCGCUGCACUCGCUCGAUCCGGACUGCAUCAAGCUCGCGCAGCUGCACGCCAAGGCGGUCGACUACCGCAAGACCGGCCAGGCGGUGCAUCGGAGGGACGUGCCCAUGCCGCCAUUCAACUCGCCGCGGCCCGAUUUUCUCGCCCAGCGACCGGCGGGUCCAGGGAUCUACUCGAGCACUCGAGCACUGGGCAAGCUGUUCCGUGCGAUUCCCGAGCAGAGCACAGACACGCCGUAUGGCAACCAGCCGGCAUGGAGUCGAGGCGAGACGAGCCAGAGCGCGUUGUCGCGCAUCCUCAAGCAGCCGGGCAAGUCGGACGAUAUUGUGUUGAUCCUGACGACGCUGGCGGAAAAGUUCCCGCAGAUCAAGCCGAAGGGGCUGAGGCUGGUGCAGAUGCAGGUGCAGUUCCGACCGCUGCUGGAGUCGUUUGUCUACCACCUGAGCCGGCUGGCGGCGUGGAUCCCCGAGAGCCGCAUCGAGGCCGAGUGGCUGAGCGAGGAAGAGAUCCUGAUCGGUACACAGGUGAUGGCGACCAAGGCCAAGCAGCUCAAGCGCCGACAGGAGCGGCUGACGGCGUCGACCGCCGAGUUGUUCCCCAUCCUGCGCUCGCAGCUGCAGCUGAUCGCAGACGAUGACAAUGUGGCGACGUCCACGAUCCGACCUGCCGGUGACGACUCGCUCGACGCGACGCGAGCGGGCGCAAAGGGAAAAGGUAAAGGAGGAGCUGCAGGCGACGGCGUGCCGCACUUCUCCGGCCAUGUCGAGCUUCGCAAGGCGCCAAUAAGGACAAGGACUGUGGUGGUGGAUGGCGAGCGCGUGGUAGUGCACGAAAGAGCAGACAGGCGAAACGAAUCUUCACCGUGGUCGGACGGCGAGGAGGACUACGAGCUCAAUCAACGCAUGGUCGACAUGAAGGUCAGCAAUCCUCGCAAGGCCGGCGCGAUUCGUGCGGCCAAAAACGGCGCCUCGUCCAAUCGGCUGACCGGGGUCACCCCGGGUAGUAGCAGCGGCAAUGGCGGUGCCAAUGGCCGGAUCAACGGGAAGGGCAAGGGCAAAGCAAAAGGCAAUUCCAACGGCAACCACACUGGCGGUCGAAACGGCAACACGCGGCACAAGAACAAGAACCGCGCGCUGGCCACCACCGAGCCGGAGCUGUACAACCGGUUCUACAACACGGACGAGGAAGAGUCGGACGAGAUUUGGGACGACGAGAUCGACGGCAUUCCCAUCGCCGCACUGAAGGGCGACGACCGAGCGCGGCGCCAUCGACGCAAGGAGCUGCAGCAUCUGUAUGCGGCGUGCUACCUGGGCGCGACCGAGCAGUCGGCACGCCACUAUGGCGGCAACACGUUUGCGGUGAUUGCGCUCUCGUGUCUGCUCGAGCGGCUCGAGGAGCAUCAGAUGAACGGGCGUGUCUUCUAG